AUGGCCACUGCGAGAACCGCCGCCGCCGCCGUGCUCUGCGCGCUGUGGGCGGCGACGCAGGCGCAGGAUUGGGCCCCUCCGGCCGAGUGCAGUAACUGCUCUCUAUGCGGGACUUACUGCCAGGAGACCCCUCCUCCGCCACCGCUGGGCUCUGUCGUUUACGGAUCCCCUCCACCGCCGUCGCCGCCGCCGCCGCUGCAGCCUGCCGGCGGGGGAGAGUGCCCGCCGGCGACGGUCAUCCAGUGCUGCCCAAACCCGCCGUCGGGUCCCGACGAGAACCUCCCUUACUACAACUACUCUGGCUCGCCGAUACCGGCGGCGGUGACGGCAGCGGGGGGGGCGGCGGCUGCCUCAGCCAUCCUGUUUCUGGCCUUCGCCGCUCCUCUCCUCUGA